GAAGUAUUAAGUUUUCUGUCCUUUUUUACUAGAUUCACUCGCUCUCUAAAGAAUCUUCGUCGAAACAGUGCUAGUACAGAGUAACUGUGGAAAGUGAAAAUUUAACAUCUGUAACAUUCAUUGGGCUACAGAUUCAUAUUAUUUGAAAGUGAGAUACACGUUUUCCAUUGUUUACUGUGUUUUGAGAAGCUCUAUUUCAUUUCACAGGCAAUUGUAUGAAUAGACAAUGUUGAGACAAAAUUUUCUGAAUAGAAUCCCAAAAUUUGCUCAGCAGCUUGGUUUCCAGAAGUUUUCGUUCUCGUCGUCAGGCUUUUUGCUUUCAGGACAUAACAAAUGGUCAAAAAUAAAACAUAAGAAGGCAGAAAAUGACAGAAGUAAGAGUUUGCGAAUAGGAAAGCUAUCCCAAGCCAUUGCGCUUGCCGUUAGGGAAAACGGACCAAACCCAUGUAACAAUGUUCGCUUGGCAGCAUACCUGGAAGAAGCAAAGAAGUUUUCUUUGACUAAAGCUGUCAUAGAAAACGCGAUUAAAAAGGGCUCUGGUAUAGGAAACAAAGAUGCACAAACAUUAAACGAAGUGAUUUAUGAGUCCAUGCACCCUUCCGGUGUUGGAAUCAUAGUUGAGACCAUUACUGACAAUCGUUCCAGAACGGCUGCAUUCGUUAAAAACGUGUUACGAAAACAUAACGCUUCCUUGUCAGAUGUCCAAUACCUCUUCGACAAAAAAGGGAAGCUUGAAUUGAAUGCGCCCAAGGAGUACACUGAAGAUGUAUUCGACAAAGUUGUUGAAGAUGCGAUUGAAGCAGGAGCGGAUGAUAUUUAUGAGCAAAAAUUCGAAAGUGAAGACGAAAAAACGGAAGAUGAAGGGGAUUUUGUGGCUCUCACGAAAACCAAUAAUCUCAGUAAGGCUACAGAAUAUUUUCGAAAGAAGGGAUACCACAUCACUGAUGCAUCCAUCUCUUACGUUCCACAACCGGGAAAUGCUGUCGAACCUUCAGAAGAUCAUAACGAAGAGCUGCAAGAUCUCAUUGAGAAACUCUGCGAUUUAGAUGACGUUGUAGACGUUUAUACAAACAUAAAGCAGCGAUACAUGGAUUGAUAGAGUCACAAAUUUCAACUUGGAUGUAUAAGCACAUCUGAGCACAGAUAAAGUGUUUUACCGGUAAAAUCAGCAGCAGGAUUAACGUCUUUGAACGCCACUGAGCGACGUGUCGUCCGUUGUCACACCGCUGAUUGAUGAUUGAAAUGGAUUUGGGGAAUGGUUCUCGUGUAUAGCGGUUGUGCCAUUUAAAGAUGUGAAUGAACGUGAUAGUCGAGGAAGACUUAGAGUAUCAAUUGGAAUGCGAGUAUAUGAAGUGUAGAUAGUGGGAGUAAGUUGA